GUGUAAACAAGAAAACAAUUCAGGAUAUACAUGUAUAUUUUUUAUGAAUGAACUGCGUCUUUCAGCGACCUAUACUGAAGAGACUUUUACCCAUAUUUGGAUCUUAUUUCCGUUUCAUCAUUUUAUGAGCGCCCACGUUUUUGAAAUACUUCCGUCAAUUUCUUCCAUCUAUUAUUUUGGGCUUUCGUACUAGAAAAUAAUAAUUAGUUGAAAUACACGGAUUUUAGAUUUAUUUUUCUAAUCUUCAAUGUAACAGCUUCAAAUCAAAGUCGAAUAAUCAUCUCAAGUAAUGUAGAGGUUGCAAGCAGAAAUAUUCAGUGAAAUCGUUCGACUCAUUAAUUCCAAACAUGUUUUAAACUGAAUUUUCUGCGUAUACCUGGCUUACAAAACUAAAUAUAGACAUAUAACGUAAUGAAAACUUUAAAUUUGUAUUGAUAAAAAUAUAUCGGAUAUAACUUGGAUUUCCACUGAGGUAACCAUAUUUAACUAAACCGGAAGACUUUUACAAUAUUUCCGAUUUUCAUCUGGAAGUUGGUUACUGUGAACUUUUUUGUUUGAAGACUUUAUUAAAAUGGCUGAUGAACCAAUUUCAGAUGAUGAAAGAAUAAUUCAGAACUUGAUAGAGUAUUGUAAAGACGUUCCACUCAAAAUAUUGAGAGCGACAUCUACAAAGACCUUGUCUAACAGUCUUGAUACAGAAGGCUAUGUUUUAGGAGAAUACAGUAACGACUGGUAUGGACUUGCAGAAAUAACUGGAUACAUGACAAAGGAAAUGAGAAAAUUUGAACAACAUGAAAGUCCAACUACCGCUCUUCUUAACGACUGGAGUACUAGACUAAGGAUGUCCCCAACCGUUGACACCUUGUUAAAGUAUCUUGUACAGAUACAGAGACCAGAUAUUGUGUUGGAUAGCGAAAAAAGUAUAAGAAGAGAUGUAGAACAUUCCAAACAGCCAGCUCGUGCUCAAAUGCCACCUAAACCAAAGGUAUCAGAAAGUGACAGAUACGAUGCUUUUGUUGUUUAUGGUAACACAGAACGAGAUAUCCUGUUUAUGAAAGAUAUGGUGAACAUUUUAGAAGGAGAAGAUCAUAAUAUAAGGUUAUAUGUUCCUGGUAGGGACGAUCUCGCUGGCGAUGAGAAAUAUGUAGUAACAGCAGAAAUGAUUGCUAACAGAUGUCGGAGAGUUAUAGUGGUACUGUCCAGAGGAUUCGAGGACAGUGAAGAAUGUGAUUUCGCAUUAAAAUUAGCACAGUCCUUAUCACCAGGUGCAAAAACAAAACGUAUUAUACCAAUAUUAUUAGACAAUGUAAAAAUUCCACUUAUAUUGAACUUUGUGGGUACAGUUAAUUUUACAAACCCCAUGCAACGAGAAUGGGUUUGGCCCCGAGUAGCCGCCACUAUCAAGUGCCCUCUCGUCCCAAGUAUACAGGAUUGGCAGUGUACAAUUGAUGACUUAAAGAAUAUGAAAUAUGACAGUAAGCAUGUGCAACAUCUUUUGUAUGGAAUAAGUGUUGCAUGCCAAGAAUUUCCAGCCGAAGAAGAAGAAGAAAAGAAAGGAAAGAAAGGAGAAAAAAAGAAGAAAUCUUGAUGAAGAAUGUGUCAAUGUAUUUAGAUUUAAUAGAAGAUUGAUGUUUGUCAGAAAAAUCUGAUACAGACGUAUUUCCGUCCAUUUAUCACUUAGAGAUCAUUAAAGAAAUCCAAACAUCCAAAUGGAUGUGUUAUAACACGUGUAGACCCAUACGGAACUGCCGACUCUUGUGUGGAAUAAAAGAAUACUUAUGUGAAUUUAACUCAUAUAUUAUAAUUGAAUAUUUUACCGUUCAGAUUUUUGUACAUAAAUAUAUAACGUUUCAUUGUUAUUUGUGUAUAUUGGUUAUCAAGAAUGAAUACUGUUUUUUUUAUAAAUAAAGAUAUACAUGUUUUAAAAACAU